AACUCCCGGAGACUCCAAACCUCUUAAAACCCACUUAAAAUCCACUUUAAAGCUCUAAAACCGCAGAACGAGAGCGGCACGAUGCGGGAGAUCGUUCACAUCCAGGCGGGACAGUGCGGGAAUCAGAUUGGAACCAAGUUCUGGGAGGUGAUCAGCGACGAGCACGGCAUCGACCCGGCGGGAAACUACGUGGGCGACUCGAGCCUGCAGCUGGACCGAGUCAACGUCUACUACAAUGAAGCAUCCUCACAUAAAUACGUCCCCCGGGCCGUGCUGGUGGACCUGGAACCAGGAACCAUGGACAGCGUCCGUUCAGGAGCCUUCGGACAACUUUUCAGACCCGACAACUUCAUCUUCGGUCAGACAGGUGCCGGGAACAACUGGGCCAAAGGUCACUACACGGAGGGGGCCGAGCUGGUGGACUCGGUCCUGGACGUGGUGAGGAAGGAGUGCGAGCACUGCGACUGUCUCCAGGGCUUCCAGCUGACUCACUCUCUGGGAGGGGGAACCGGAUCCGGGAUGGGAACCCUGCUGAUCAGCAAGAUCCGGGAGGAGUACCCCGACCGGAUCAUGAACACCUUCAGCGUUAUGCCUUCGCCCAAGGUGUCGGACACGGUGGUGGAGCCCUACAACGCCACCCUGUCCGUCCACCAGCUGGUGGAGAACACGGACGAGACCUACUGCAUCGACAACGAGGCCCUCUACGACAUCUGCUUCCGCACGCUCAAGCUGACCACGCCCACCUACGGCGACCUCAACCACCUGGUGUCGGCCACCAUGAGCGGCGUCACCACUUCGCUGCGCUUCCCCGGGCAGCUCAACGCCGACCUGCGCAAGCUAGCGGUCAACAUGGUGCCUUUCCCCCGGCUGCACUUCUUCAUGCCGGGGUUCGCUCCCCUGACGGCGAGGGGCAGCCAGCAGUACCGGGCGCUCACCGUCCCGGAGCUCACGCAGCAGAUGUUCGACGCCAGGAACAUGAUGGCGGCCUGCGACCCUCGCCACGGGCGCUACCUCACCGUCGCCACGGUCUUCCGAGGGCCCAUGUCCAUGAAGGAGGUGGAUGAGCAGAUGCUGAACGUGCAGAACAAGAACAGCAGCUACUUCGUGGAGUGGAUCCCCAACAACGUGAAGGUGGCGGUGUGCGACAUCGCUCCCCGCGGGCUCAAGAUGGCCGCCACCUUCAUCGGCAACAGCACGGCCAUCCAGGAGCUCUUCAAGCGCAUCUCGGAGCAGUUCUCGGCCAUGUUCCGGCGGAAGGCCUUCCUGCACUGGUUCACGGGCGAGGGCAUGGACGAGAUGGAGUUCACCGAGGCGGAGAGCAACAUGAACGACCUGGUGUCCGAGUACCAGCAGUACCAGGAGGCCACCGCCAACGACGGCGAGGAGAACUUCGAGGACGAGGAAGACGAGAUCAACGAUUGAGGAGGCCGACUGGAAUAUCUCCAAGGACUGGUCGAGUGAUCAAAGUGAAUCUUACCAAUCGGAAACACAAGACAAAAUCUGUACAUAAGAUUUUUGUGAUAAAAACAUGGAGGCGUGAGCAGGAACUUCGAGCGUGGUCAUGAGAAAGUGGGAAUUGAGUGGGAUUUGGAAAGUGAGCGAAGAGAUGCCAGUUUUACUCACGAUGACAGAAAAAUGUCACAAAUGCACCAGAAGAGGUCAGAAUGAGAUCAGCCACAACACACUAGCCGAGCCUGCAUAGUUGAUUAGUUGCAAAAAAAUCCCUGGUUGGGAACCACUGGUCUGGAAAUAACACAUAGUGUGAAUAAAAUAUAAUGAAUAGUUUACACGAUAGUAUUUCAAGUGAAACAUGCAACUGUUGCGUUUUUGUUUCAGAAAAGUUUCGUGCUUAGACGACAUUUUGGAAACGGUGUGUGUUUAGACUGAAGCGGCUAAAACACUGAAAACUGUAGUUUUGCUGUAAUACCACUAGUGGGUGCUGUUUUUAUGUAAUAAAACCAUAAUCGUUUGGUCCACUCAGUAUCUGUAUGUUAGUAUUAAAAUGUGAUCCAGAUGUUGGUUUAGUAAAUAUUUUAGGUAACAGUGUAGGAAGUGAACACCACAUUCAAUGUUAUCAGUGAUUCUUUCUCAAGCAUGUGCAGAACCAGCUUUCAAAAAAGUUGUGUUUUCCCCCGUUUCCAUGGAGAUGGAUUUGGAGUGUUUUUGAAUAGUUGCGUUGUCGUGUAAACGGACAUCGAAAACGGCAUUAAAGUUUUCCAUUUUCACUUGAAAAUGUUGUGUAAAGCAGGUUUGAAAUAAGGAUUUACUAGAUGCUCAACGCUUCAGUUGUUUUGGAUUUGGAACAAACAUAUUUUAGGAGAUUUUUAGAGACUUGAGAGUCGUAAUAAUGACAAAAAAGUUGCCUUAAUUAGGACUCAUGAUUAACUUUGUCCUUUUAUCCUUUUUUUAAUUUUAAAUUAUGGCCUGUUUUUUAAAUUGUUAUUUGUGAAUGUCUCUAAUUUGACAACUGAAUCUUUUAUCUGUAUUUACUUGGUGCCUUUUUCCCCCUUUCUGCUUCGAUUUCGAUUUUUUAACGGAGUGUUUGUGCAUUGAUGAACUAAUUAUACUUGAUACAAUUUACAGUUUCUGGUUAAAGCAGCAGUUCAGAGAGUAAAUAAAUUCAGUAGAAGUCAUAA